CUCAGGUUUUAUUUUCUGAAUGGAGAGUCUGUAGUCUGCUGAAAAGUUUUCAAUCCCUCUGACCCUUGAGGCACACAACUCAAGGACUGGCUUGGCAGGAGCAGGACUCAGUUCCAUUAACACCAUCUUUCUUAUCACUGGCUGAGAACAUGCCUAACAAGACUUCCCCGACGGCAUUCAUCAUAUUUGAGGCCAUGAUUAAAUUGUCUCCAGUUGGGAAAUUCCCGAUUGCGACAUCUUCUGAGAUGUUUAGAGCAGAGCCUGUCCCACUGACAGCUGUCUCUGGAAGGAGCUGGAAUCAAUCUGAAGCCCCAAGGACUUGAAGACAAACAUUCAGAGACCUACGAGAUCCGAUUGCAAUGGAGAAUGAGGGUGUAGAUUAAUGAAGAAUGCUGUCCAAUCAUUGACAAAUGCUCUGAUUAAGCGUUUGCUUGUUGAGCCUGAACAGUUCUAUUAUGGGACAAUGAGAAAAGAGGAAUGAAGGCAGACCCCAAAUGUGGCAGCUUUUAGCAGCAGCAUGCUGGAUUCUUCUUCUUAGACCCAUAUGUGGCUGUAAGAAAGGAAGCAUCACAAAUCCUGAAGCUAAUAUGAAUGUUAGUCAGAUUAUAUCCUACUGGGGUUAUCCUUGGGAAAAGUAUGAUGUUGUGACACAAGAUGGUUAUAUCCUUGGAAUAUACAGGAUUCCUCAUGGAAAAGGUUACCAAAGGAAAUCAGACCACAAGCCUGUUGUGUAUUUGCAGCAUGGUGUGAUUGCAUCUGCCACUGAUUGGAUUUGCAACCUGCCCAACAAUAGCCUGGCUUUCCUUCUAGCAGAUAGUGGUUAUGAUGUGUGGUUAGGGAACAGCCGAGGAAACACCUGGUCCAGAAAACACCUGAAAUUGUCACCCAAAUCAUCAGAAUACUGGGCUUUCGGUUUGGAUGAGUUGGCUAAAUAUGACCUUCCAGCCACCAUCAAUUUUAUCACAGAGAAAACUGGACAGAAGCAACUCUACUAUGUGGGCCACUCCCAGGGUACUACCAUAGCUUUCAUAGCAUUCUCUAUAAAUCCAGAACUGGCUAAAAGGAUUAAGAUAUUUUUUGCACUUGCUCCAGUUAUCACAGCAAAAUAUUCUCAAAAUCCUAUGAAAAAACUUACAACUCUUUCCAGGAAAGCAGUCAAGGUUUUGUUUGGUGAUAAAAUGUUCCACCCUCGUACAUUUUUGGAUCAGUUCAUUGCCACCAAAGUGUGCAACCAAAAGCUAUUCCAUCGUGCUUGCAGCAACUUCCUAUUCUCUUUGGCUGGAUUUGAUGCAAAAAACUUAAACAUGAGCCGCUUGGAUGUUUAUUUCUCACAGAGCCCUGCGGGAACAUCAGUUCAGAAUAUGCUGCACUGGGCCCAGGUUGUUAAUUCUGGUCAGCUCCAAGCUUUUGACUGGGGAAAUCCUGAUCAAAAUAUCUUGCGUUUCCAUCAGCCUACGCCUCCUUUAUACGACAUUACUAAGAUGGAAGUUCCAACGGCAAUGUGGAGUGGUGGCCAGGAUAUUGUGGCUGAUCCCCGGGAUAUUGAAAUUUUGCUGCCCAAAAUUGCAAACCUCAUCUAUUACAAAGUGAUUCCAUACUACAAUCAUGUGGAUUUUUACCUGGGACUGGAUGCACCCCAGGAAAUUUACCAAGACAUGAUUAGGUUGAUGAAGGAAUGUUCAUAAAAUGGACAAUAUUUUCUUUCUCCAAGCAAGUGGAUUUUCAUAAUCAUAAAGGGACAGACCCCAAGAUGAUCCCAAAUGAUUUCUGGUUUCUAGUGUCCAAGGCUUUAUGUGAUCCCCUCCCCUUGAGUGUGAAUGGAACCUGAGACUUCCUUCUAACACAGAAUUGAUAAAGGAAACAGAUGUCACAUCCAUAGUAAGGUUGUGUUCUGUGACAAAGGUGUGGGAAUGUCACUCCCCAGUUAUGCUGCAUUAUGUAACAAUCUAGGCAGACUGGAAAAAGAACAUCUCAUUGAUAGCUUGAUGAAAUGAACAUGUGUAUUGAAACCCACAUUGCAAGGAACUGUACAUGGAUUUUAGGAUCUGAGGGUGACCUCCAGCAGGUAACUAGCCAAAAACCAGAUACCUCUGUCACAAGCCACAAGAAAAUGAAUUCUGCCUAAAACCUGAAUGAACUUGAAAGCCCACUGUUUUAUAGCAAAAUGUACUAUUGAUAAAGUAACCUGGCCAUUACCUUGAUUGCAAUCUGAUGAGACCCUGAGCAGAGGACCCAGUUAUACCAAAGUUUGACCUAUUGACUCAUAGAAACAGUGCUAUAAUAAAUGUGUGUUGUUUUAAGAUGCUAAGUUGGUGCUAAUUUGUUAAAAGCAAUAGUAAACUACUAUACUAUUACUGUUACUAUGACUAUACAAUAAUGUGAGAUUAUAUGUCUUAUUUAUAAUAAUGAUGGUAAUAAUUGUUAUCAUCAUCUCUUUCUUGGAAAGCUUAAUAGAUCCUAUUCCUUAUUUCAUUUAUUUUCCUUUGGCCUAAUGAACUUCCUCGAAUAUUUCUAGCUUUGCACAUCAGCCAGGGAUUAAUCAUCUCAGUGUUUGCUUGCCAGAAAAAUAAUCUUUUGGCUUUUAUCACUAAGAGACAUUUUCUCCUGAAAAUAGAAUUUUAGAUGGACAUAAUUCAUGUUUGAUUUUUAUUAAUUUAGUGCUUUAAAAAGUUGGGCAUCAUCCUGUGGCAUGCAUCACAAUAAGUCUGUAGUUUCCCAUCUUUUUUUCUUUCUACUUAAUGUAUGUUUUGUGGUCUUCUUUUAAGAGUUUGUAAGCGAUUUUCAGCAAUUUGAAUGAGGUUUAAUUUCGUUCUGGGGCAAGCUCUGAUUGGAGUUUGAUAGGCUUUGUAGCUUUGCAGAUGCUAGUUUUCAUCAUGUUUGGAAAGAUGUUGAUCAUUAUUUCUUUUUUUUAAGAUUUAUUUUAUUUAUUUGAAAGAGUUAUACAGAGAGAGAUAGAAACAGAGAGAGAGGUCUUCCAUCCGCUGGUUCAUUCCCCAGAUGGCCGCAACAGCCGGAGCUGCACCCAUCCAAAGCCAGAAGCCAGGAGCCAAGAGCUUCUUCUGGGUCUCCCAGGCGGGUGCAGGGGCCCAAGGACUUGAGCCAUCUUCCACUGCUUUCCCAGGCCAUAGCAGAGAGCUAGAUCAGAAAAGGAGCAGCCGGGACUAGAACCAGUGCCAAUAUGCGAUGUAGGCGCUUCAGGCCAGGGCUUUAACCCGCUGUGCCACAGCGCCGGCCCCAAGCCAUUAUUUCCUAAAUCUUUCCUAUAUCCCCCUUUUUCUAGACACCUAAUUACAUGUGUUAGACCACUAGAGACUGACCCAGAAGUCACUGAAUAUGAUUAUUUUCCCCAGUGUUUAACCUCUCUCUGCUUUAUUUUAGACAGUUUCUACUCUAAUGUUUUCAUGUUCACAGAUGUUUUGUUUUGCAGUGCCUAACUACUAUAAUUACUUUUGGUAUCUAUUUCAUUUGGGGUAUGGUAUUCUUUAUCUCUGAAAAUCUCAUUUGGUUGUUUUGUAUAUCUAUGUUUCUUUCCUCCUUAUUUUAAUGUUUUUCUUUAAAUCCUUAAGUUAGUAUGCAUAUAAUAGUAUCUAUUUUAGCAUACUUUUUACUUAUGCAAUCAUUUCUGCCAUUUAUAUGCUUAUUCUAUACAUUCAUUUUUCCUGGUAAUGGCUCCUUCUUUGUUGAGCACUUAAUAUUUUUUCUUGGAUGGCAGACAUUGAAUUUUGCAUUACUGAAUGUUGAAUUUUGUUUUAUCCUGUUAAAUAGGAUUGGAAAUGUUUUUCAGUUAAUUUACUUGCAGGUAAGUGUGAUUGUUUUGUGGCAUGUUCUUUAUCCUAUUAAGGGCAGGCCUCUGCUCUGAAGAAGUUUUGCCUUAUUAAGAAGGUGUGCACUUUCUGAGGUCUCCACUGAAUACCUCUGUGUUUCGAAAAGUUUUUCCAUGCUGGCUGAUGGAAACCCAAAUUAAUACCUAUAUACAUUAUUUACAUACUAGGAAUUAUUUUAUAUAUAGUUCCCUAUCAAUUGUUCUUUCUCUGAAAGUUUUACUUUGUCUACCCUUGUGGAAUUUUGUCCUUUGAUUGUACAGAAUAUAAUUUAGCAACAAGGUCAAGGGGCUGCCUCUGUAUAUCACUGGAACUCUUUCUCUACAUUGCUAUUUUUUCUCCAGCAUUUUGAUCCACAAAUUUUGUUGUACUUAACCACCCUGAAUCCUAAUCUCUGUCUACUUAAAUGAGCCUCUACUGCAACCCAGAAAUUUCUGGUAGGCAGAAACUCAAAAUUUUUCAUAGAGCUCAUCUCAUUUGUUUUCUUCCUGUAGAGGUCACAGACCUAAGCUGUCCAAUGUCUGGAAAAUAUGAUUUAUUACUUCCAAUUUUUUUGUUUUUAUCGUGGGAUUUCUAGAAUUCCCUCAAAUGUGGGAGCAAAAAUCAAGAUUCUACUUAUGAAUUACAUUAUUAUGCUAAUGCAGGGCCAGUAUAACUUGACACAUAGAAGGUAACUACAAAAAAAACCUAACUGUUAAAAACUUUUAAGUUCUUCUUUAAUCUAUCUAAGAUUGUCUUACUGUACGUAUCUUGAGGAAACUCACAUGGGAUUCAACAUUCUGGGUUUUUUUUUAAGAUUAUUUUAUGUGAAAAUCAGAGUUAACAGAGAGGCAGAGGCAGAAGCAGAGAGAGCGAUGUCUUCCAUAUCUGCUGGUUCACUCCCCAGAUGGCCACCACAGCUGGAGCUGGGCCAAUCUGAAGCUAGGAGCCUCUUCUGGGUCUCCCACAUGGAUGCAGGGGCCCAAGGGCUUGAGCCAUCUUCUACUGCUUUCCCAGGCCAUAGCAGAGAGCUGAAUCAGAAGUAUGCAGCCAGGAUUUGAACUGGCGGCCAUCUGGGAUGCCGGCACCGCAGGCAACAGCUUUACCUGCUUUGCCACAGCACUGGCCCCCAACAUUCUGGUUUUAGAUAUAAGUAAGUAUAGUUCUAGAGUUUAGUGACUUAUUCAAGGUGCCUAAGUUAGUGAGUAAACUAGGAUUAGAAUCAUGUCUCCAUAAUAUUAGUCUAAUGUAGUAUUUCUACCACCUUAAUCUUUGUAGAGUUUUACUGCUUCCUCCCAAAUAUCUCGAAGUACAAGCUCUCUGCUAAUCUAGCUUCCUCUUACUCCCUGAAAUAGUGAUUUCACUAUGAAAUUAUAUUGAAUCUACAGUGGCUUUCUGCUUUUCAUUUUGUUCCAUCUGUCUUAACUCCUUUAUGUUUUUCAGGAUUUUCUCAAAAUCUGACUUCACCUGCUUUCUCAAUGACACUUACCUCUGCCUCCUAACCAGGUACACUUCAUCUACUCAACAGGUUUGCAUCCUUAACUCUUCUCACAUAGGUUUCCCAUCCUCAUUGGCAAGAGUUGCCCACACAGCUUACGUUAAACUUAGUGGCAUGUAAUUAAAAUUGUCAUAUGCAUUUGUCAAUCAAGUAAGAUUUUCUUAUUUCUAUUAUUAUAUCUUAGGAAAAUUCUUUUUUUAUUAAUAAUUCAUUUUCAGCAGGAGUCUCAUGGUACAUGAACAACAUUCACCAAUCACAUCAGUUUAAUAUGUUAAAUUUGAUCCUGCAUUACAUGCUCAGGGAUCUCAACAUUGGCAGCUUCUAAAAUGGAGAAAACGUUAACACUGACCUGUCUUCAGUUCACCAUAGGUCUGCUUUAUGCCAGGUUUGGAGACUCAGGUGUCUCUUUAGUGACAGUGUGUCUCUGCAACCUUGUCCAAAAAAGUUUCCAAAUAACUCCACAAAGUAAUCACUCAUUAAUCUAAAAAAUGUACACUGCACAUUUUAUGUUACUAACUGGAGGAUUGGGAUAAAAAAAGGAAAACACGAUUCUUACCUUUAUCAUUUAAACUGAAUUUAAAAUCCACUGAGGAAUCUUAAUAUAAGGAACAUAGUAAUUAAAAUAACUAUUAUUUACUAG